UGGGUCAAAGCUCUAGUACUACUAAAAGCAGAAUAAUCAGAGCAACGAGAGUGCCACGUAUGCUUUUUUAUUCAGGCCAAUCAGGUACAUUUAUUUUGCCACGUCAGACUCACGUUUUCUUUCGGCUAAAGUUUACUAAUAUUCUGUGGGUUUCGUGAUUACGCUUUGGGCUAUAUGAUUGCGAUUUGGGCUUCGGGGUGUUUUGUCUUUGGGACAAAAAUCAGAUUCGACCUCGCAAAAUGACGAUUCUCCUCACCCUUUCCACUUCGUUUUCUCCGAUCGAAGAUCAACGAAUCGUAAAAUCAAUCGAUUCAACCUCCGCAAUCAAUACUUUUGUUUUGAUCAAUCAAUACCUCCAUUAUGAUUUCGUUUCACCUCCCUCUUUUCCUCCUCCUUUAUAUGUUGAUCUUUCUUCUUCGUACUAAACAAAACCCUAGAAAUACUCAGAUCUCAAGCCAUGGCGAUGAAACGAAAUGGGAAGUCUCCUGCCUCUUCCGCCUCUGACGAAAAAGUGAUGUUCUUCAAAGAUGUCUCUCUAGGUCCCCAUGAAACCCAAUUGCGCUUCCGACUCAUUCAUUUCUGGGAGGCUCGGAACCCGGUGAAGAAGACCCUUAUUGGCCUGGAAAUGCUUCUCAUCGAUGAGCAGGGAAGUGUCAUUCAAGGAUUCAUCCCACCAGGACGUAUCAAGAAAUACUUGCCUGAUAUGAAGCAAGGAUCAGUUUACAAACUCAUCAACUUCUACGGAUCGAAGAACAAACCGAUGUAUCGGGUUGCUGACCAUAUCGCAACCGUGUCCUUCACAUGGAACUCUGAGUUGUCGGUUCUUCUCGACAUUCCAAUCUCUUUUGAUGAAGACCGUUUCAGGUUUCAUUCGUAUGAGGAUUUUGAGGCUAACUGUGAUCUCAAAGGUGACCUCUAUGAUGUUGUUGGUCACAUGAAGCUGGUGGAUGGACAGACUCUUACCGAGCGUCCCACUGUUGAUGAAGCGAAGAUCGCUACCACUCGGCACGUUAUGGUUCAUGUGCAAUCACAUGAAGGACCUGUCAUGAAGCUCUACCUAUGGGACCAGGCUGCAACAGAAUUCUGCAAGAAGUUUAAGUCCUAUGAAAACACUCCCACAGUGCUUUUGGUCACAGCUGUUAACACUAAACGUCUCGGAGGUACUCUGGCACUGAGCUCUAUGUCUCCCACACGGGUUUUCAUGGACUAUGAUGUCCAACCAACCAUUGAUUACUUCACCUGGCUCGCCUCAAACCCAGAGAUUGCUAAGCAGGUUACUGCAGAGGUGGUCACUAAGCGGGAGACGAUGACCAUAGGAGAAAUAUUCUCUUACAUGACUCAGGAAUCUGCAAAGGAUGCCUUUUUUGAGUGCACUGCUACAAUUGAUGAUGUUGUUCAUGGAUCUCCUUGGUACUAUAUUGCAUGCGCUGAGUGCCAUAGUAAGGCUACCAAAGGCGCAAACUCAUUGAUUUGCACCAACCCAAAAUGUGUGAAGGACAGCACAGCUGGUGUUGCACAGUACCGUGCAAAGAUUUCUGUUUAUGACAGCAGUGAACAAGCUUUUUUUGUCCUGCUUGGUGAUGCUGGUCUUCAGUUGACUGGGAGGCACGCAUCUGAGUUGGUUAGCAGAUACUUUGAGGCUAAUAAAGACAAAGGCCCUGACCAUGAGGUGCCUGUCCCGGAAUCUCUGAUCAGCACAAUCGGGCAGACCCAUAAAUUUUGUGUGAAAGUCACAGACCACAACUUCUCUGGCAGCACCCGAGCUAUAACUGUCACCAAGAUCCUCCCUCUAGACACACCAUCACCCACAGAAUCCUCUCUUGGAAACGCCAUUGCUGCAACGUCCGAGGAAGCAGUGCAGACUGGAAGUGACGUAUGUGGUUCUUCAAAAAGCCAUGGAGAUUCUGCAGAUGAGGAGAGUAAGAGGACGUUUGAAAGUGUUGAUCCAGAGAAAGUCAAACGGCCAAGAUGUGAGAAUUGAAGCUUCAGUUCAGUGAUGUUUAAGUCUUUGCUUUGAACUUCAAGUAUUGCAUUGGUUUCUGAAAGUUUGCUUCAGUUUAAGUACUAUUUUGGUUUUCAGCAAGACAUUGCUUUGUUUCAUUUCAUUUCAGACUUUGUCUUUGGUCAAUUGAAUUAUCUUUCCUUAAAAGCUUUCCCGUUUCUUUCAAAUAAAUUGUUUUCAUAUUUUCAAUUCAAUUAAUAAAUCCAAACGA